GAGCGGCUGGCGACAACUCGUAACACUGUCGCUGUUGACUUUGACAUAAAUGUGACAAGUGAAAAACAACGUAGAUCACAGCCAGUGUUUGAAAAAACUGCCACGACUCGAAUGAGACAGAUAGAUUGCCCUCUUCGAAGGUCGCAGUCAACGUGAGAAGAAUGUCGGACUUCGAGAAGGUGCGUGAGCUUGACACCCCUGUUAGGGAGACGGAAACACAUUCUGAUAGACCGGUACAGACCAAGUGUGCAGCUGAAGUUAAGGAUCUGAAGACUCGUCCCUCCGAUGACGAGCUUCUGCAAUUGUAUGGAUUGUACAAGCAAGCAACGGUGGGCGACGUUACGAGCGAGGCACCGGGCAUUCUUGAUCUCAAGGGAAAGGCGAAGUACAACUCUUGGACGAGUCGCAAGGGCCUUUCUCAAGAUGCCGCUAAAAAGGAGUAUUGCGAGCUUGUCAAACAAUUAAAGGACAAAUACAACUAAGAAUGCCCUAUAUAUUAUAUGUUUUAUAUAAUAUGUAGUAAGUAUCGACCAUAGUACAGGAUGGUCGUUGCUGUGAAGUCUGCAUAGCGCAGGCAAUAUGGUGAUGCUGAAAUAUCAAGAUGAUUAAAUUCCGUCGCUCAUUUGCUUUUGCUGGUAAUGGUCAAAUGUGGAAAAAAUGAUCGACAAUAAGAGUAUCCCAUAGCAAGGCUAUACUGGAGUCUUGUUGAUUAACUAAUAUGUGGUUUAAUUUGUCAUGUGUUCAUUAAGACCUUAGACUUACCUGGGUCUCUGGCAGACUUUAGUUGGACGAAUAAUCGGCUUCCUUUCUGAUGUUCGCUCGGUGAAGUCUGCUCAUACCAAAAAAACUAAAAUACUAAAUAAAUUAUGUGAAAUCGUUUACUAAGGCCUCGGU